AUGUCCCCUGCAAAUUCUUUCGUCAAGGAGCUUGUCAGGCGGGACCCGCCUGCCCUUUCCUACAUUCUACCGAUGCUGCGAUUGACUAUGCGCCGUGGUAACUGCAAGUUUGGAGCCAAGUGUGCGCUGGCGCAUAUUCUCCCUGAUGGCCGACGGGUUAAUCGACCCAACCCAGGUGUAGGAAUGGGCGGUAGUCACCUCAACUUGGGUGGCCGAGUUAAUCCCCAAGCGUAUGUGAAUCAAGAUUCAGCUUUGACGAAUUCCGUCCUUUCGCAACAGAGAAUGAACGGUCAAGAGCCCCGAUAUGGCCCUCAAGUUCACCCUCAAGAGGAGUACGCUGCCAUACACUCUCCCCAACAACCAUAUGACGCCAUUCCCACCAUCGAUGCGGGUUUGGCCUCAGACGCCGGCUCUAAGUAUGGUUCUCCGAUUGAUGACAUGCGAUUUCCCAUGUCUCCAAAUCACCGCCAUUUAACCGCACUUGAUGCACCCCUCCCUGCCUCCUUUGAUAGCCAAGGGAUAUCACACGCCGCUCGUUAUGGACCGGUAGCCGCUUCUAUGCCAUCGAAAUUCGGGCUGGAACUAUCCCCGCCGGCCCAAAGAAUCGGCGGCCCCUCCGAUGCGCUCCGGAGUCUCCGCGAUACCGCAUAUGGGUCAGAUUUAAGGAAGCCCCCUUCUUUCAUAGGUUCUUCCCCUCCUGGAAUUCCUGAGGAUGGCUCAGGACCUCGCUUUUUGCACUCACAGCGGUCGGUGAAGCCACGAAUGCUCUCUGCGAGUGUUCCGCGGCUUACCGCCUUGGAUGAUUGGGAUGACAGCAAUUUCCCGAUGGAGGAGGACUACCUGCCUAUCAAUUUGCACGAUGAUGUGCUGACACCGCAGGAGCGACUACGACGCCUUUCACGCACAGACUAUGAACCUAGCUCAAGUCAUCGUGAUCUCAGCGGGCUUGGUAUGACUGGUACUAGCCUUUCAAAAGUCGGCUCGCCUCUGGCGUCCAGCCCUUCCAGAUUUGGUGCCCUUUUUGCGAAACAGCGACAGAAGAAGGAGGAGGAUGCACAUGGCACCUCAUUACCACAAGUCGGAUCUCCUCUCCGUGAGUCUUCGUUGAACUUCGGCGCAAGUCCCAGCCUUGGACCCAUCGGAAGCCGGCAAACAUCGGGUGACGUCUCGCCCUUUGUCUCUACUCCUUCUCGGCAACAGUCAGCGUCCAUGAUAUCACAACAACUUAGCGGUAUGUCACUUCACCCUGGCGCUGCCCGCCAUUCUUCAUCAGUGGGAGGUAGUGGCCGCCUCGACCGUACUGUCUCGUCGCCCGUCAGUACUAGCAGGAUUGAUGAGGAGCAAGGCGACUUGGUUUUCUCCAUGGAAGAAGAAGAGAACAACAAACGGAAUAGCGAGUCUUGGAGUACCAGUAAAACCGAGUCUCACGACGACGAUUCUACACCAACGAGUAGCUCAGGCUUCCAGCCCUGA